UCACGAUCUGAAUAGGUAGACAGGUACACCUUUCAGUUCAUAUUGAUACGACUACCUUAAGCGGAUGACUGUCACAAGUAAACGCGAGUUUUCAUUUAACAUGUUCAGUCGAAACUCUUAACAUAAACGUGAAGUAAACGACACAGAACUGGAGAAAAACAACUGUGAAACCAUCGAUUUUACUAAGCCAUCUAUCGCUAAUUACAAUUCUCAGUUUUCUGUAAGGUGAAUCAAGUGUUAAACAGGAAAGGAGAAAAUCUAUAUUUGUGACAGUGUGUGUCGACUAGCCAAUACACCUUUGGUUUUACUUUGUAAGGCAUACAAAACCAGUACAGGUCGUUCAAAAACAUCGUGUUUACUUUCUCGUAACCGAAGAUUGUAUGGAAAGCUUAACAUUUUGCUAUUAAUAUUGCGCGUUACAGUAAAAAGUGAUUCUCGCGGGGGGACGUAAGGAAAGUAAAAGAAUCUUUAGUUUGUGAUGCUGUGUUUAAAAUGGUAACUGUUUUCUUUUCGUGAAAAUACAGAAAGGUCGAAGAUGAGCCUUAGAAAAUUGAAGUUGUUCAAAAUUAUAAAAACUGGUACUACUGAGGCCAUUUUAGUGGCCUUGAUGGACUAUUUAAAGAGCGGAAAAGACCCAAACAUUCGCGAUGAUGUAACGGGUGGAACCCUUCUGCACCUUAUAAUAGAGAAUGGCGACAGAUUCAUAACGGGACAAACCGUGUCCGGUGUGUAUAUGCUCGUAUGUAAGGAUAUCGAUAUAGACGCGCAGGACAAUGCUGGGGAAACUGGUUUACACAAAGCCCUGAGAAUCAAUGGCGGCUUCAGAAUCAUCAUGGCGCUAAUGAGAUGCGGUGCUGAUUGUUCCUUGACGAACAACGAUGGGCUCACAGCCGAGGCAGUACUCCUCAAAGAGAAGCCGUCAGGAUGGGAGGAGAACUUGCAUUGGUUUAACAAAUUUAAACCAGGUCUUUGGUGCGCGCUUAACUGUGAGAACCCCGACAGAAAAUUAGUGGAAAGUUUAUUGAAGAACUGGUGCCGGGUAACUACGGUGAAAAAUGGCAAAGUUACGACAAUGAAAAUCUUGGCGGAGAACGAUGUCAAAAAACGUGACUUGCUGCAGUUACUAGAGAAGUAUGAGAAUACGAAUGAGCUGGCACUGGCCACCACUGCCGGCAUGGGGUUCAUCGUGCGAAUGUGGGUGAAACAAGGUAUAAUCAAUAAUAUGGACGUGAACACUAAGGACUUCUGCUACCAGUAUCACUGGCGCGACACGCCCGUGAGUCCUCGGCCCCUACUAGCCGCUUCGUGGGAGUCGAACAGCUUCGAGGCGGUCGACGUGAUCAUGGAACUGAACCCCGACACCCGCGUUCUGUGGAGUAUGGACGUGGACACGAAAAAUCCACCGAAACCUGUUUUCUUUCAGCUUUUCUGUGGACUCGGAGCCCCCUACGAUGAGAAGCUAACGACUCGCGUUCUACGAGGGAGCGAUUUAAGCGCACGCGACAGACUGGGACAAACAAUACUCCAUCUGGCCAUAGACACAAACCAGUCAGAAUCUGUCGUAAAGUGCUUGUUAAACAACAGAGUAAAUAUCGCGGCUCGUGACUGCCAGGGUCGCACGGCACGUGAUCUCGCGGAGAAAAACAACUGUCCUCGCUACACGAGACUCAUCGAUGAACACGUUAUUAAGUUGGUGAAAGACAAGAAGUUUGAAGACUUGGAGAAACUAAUCCUCCACAAUUACGAUCAUGUGUUAGAUCUGUGCGAAGGGAAGAAAACAUUGACGGAAAUCGCGAAGAAAACUGGGGCGCGCAAUAUACACGAUCUUGUCCGAUAUACGGCUCCAAUACAGGCUUGUGUCAAAAGGGUAUUCCAGGCAGUGGACGAAGGUUCAGCAGACGACCUAAAAAAGUUGCUAGGCAGUAAACGCUAUAGUGAAGCACGUGAUCGAUGUGGCCGCAGCGUUCUCCAUCGUGCGAUUCUCAAGCGUCACGUCAACGUGAUCAUGUACAUACUCGACGAGUAUCCCGACCUUAUCAACUCACGGGACAGUCUUGACAGAACUCCACUGCACUACGCAAACUUGUUUUUGGACAAUCGUGAUGUCAUGAACAAGAUAGUAAAAGGAGGAGCCCGGUCCGACCUUCAUGACGCUUUUGGAAUGACCGCAGACGAAUUUCAGAAAGAUAAAUGCGGAAAUCAAAAGUACCUGAUGCUGCAGCGUGACAUUACGGAGUUUGAUCUCAAUGUAUAUCUCUCAGAGACUGAUUUCGAGACUACCUUCAGGAAAGCCAUUGAGAGUGGCGACCUGGAGACAGUGAAGUCCCUGGUGACGGGCCUCAAGAGUAUCGGGGAUGUGUCUCGCUACAGCGUCAUCCUGUUCGAUUGCCUUGAUAAACGAGCGGUGGAGAUCGCCGAAUUCUUAAUUCUCAACGGCUUUGAAACAAAUGUGUACAAACAGUAUACCGAGUGUAACCCCAACGACCCGAUGUGCGCCAUGCAGGAGUGUGGCCACUGUACGACGUCUCUGUAUGAACGCGCCCAAGAACUCAAACUGGAUGACAUCUCCAGGAUGAUUGUUGCUGCGUCCAAUGGAAGGACACAAAUUACACGACUGUAGACGUAGACAAGAGUUAACCAUUCAGAAGACGGAGAAGGUGUCGCUGCCAAAUUACGGAAUUGUUUAAAUACUGCUAGCCAUCGCCAAAUCGCGUUGAAUCAUAAAUAUGUACUCAGUAUCUGACUAGUAUGACUGAGGCGAUGUACACUCAGCUUCUCCUUGGAAAUUUAACCAAACUUCUUAAAAUGAUCAGCAACAAAUGCCUUAACUCGGUGUUCAUUGAAUUAAGUUCAGGUAGUUUCGCCAAAAUUGCGUUUUGGCAGGUAAAUUAUCAACAAGUGCUUCGUAUUUUGCCAUGUAUCAAGUAUAAAAUGUAGCUUUUUACAUAUAAAAUCUGGUUUGAACAUUUCUCGUACAUAGAAAAUAAUUCCUUGGAGGCGAAAUGACAUGUGUUAUCAAAUAUGUUUGUAUAUCGCCGUAGACAUGUGUUAGUUUGUGACACAGGCGCAUGAAUGUGUUUAUUUACGUUUCAGAAUUUCUGUGUCGUGUAUAUUAUUUUCAGUUGAAUGAGUAUUGGAUAAGUAUUAGCUUUCAGCAAAUAACUUGAUAUGCAGUGAAUUUGAAACGUUUCUCAUAUAAUAACAUCCGUAUGCAAUACGGAAAUCUGUUCAUAGUCUUACGCACAUGAGAGUACUAAGGUGAGGUUGAAUUGUAAAUGAAUUGUUCGUUAACAGACAUUGUGUUCAAAAUAAAUGGUUGUAUUUUCUUCUUUGGAUAUAUGUUUCGAUAUAGUUUUGAAUAUAAAAUGUUAUCGUGUGCAAA